CAGAGGACAGGAAUCUCCCUCUCACAGAGACAAUUUAUUUCCAAGCGUGUCUCACGCUGGAGUUGGUCUACUGUUUGAUGUCUUCUGGUUAAAGGCCUAACUUACACUUUGGGUUUGGAAGAUUGGAAUACGUCAUGAUGGAAGAUGACGGAACACCAAACAGAAAGUCCACAAGGUUUAUUUUCAUUGUCUUCUCUCUGACUAUCAGCACUCAAAUUGGAUUUUCACUGAGGAACUGUCGGAUAAGUUCCGACCGCGCCAUUUGUUCGGCCAAUGGGCUCCUGGCUGUUCCUCGUGACAUCCCGCAAUCUGUCACAGAGUUUGACUUGUCCGUGAACAAAAUAUCCAAAAUACAAGUCGGCGACUUCAGAAAUUACACGGCCCUGCUCGAGUUAAACUUUAAACGUAACUCCAUUUCGCAAAUAGAAAAAGGUGCCUUUGCUGACCUGCGCUCACUCCGGAGGUUGAAUCUGAAUAAUAACCGGCUGGCACGACUGGGAGACAUUUUUGGUGGUUUGGGCAACCUAACUGAGCUGAGAAUCACCAGCAAUAACAUCAAGAGCGUGCUGUCGUCCUCCUUUAAGCCUCUGAGGAGACUGACCUUUCUGGACCUGUCCUACAACAAAUUGCAGAAAUUGUUAUAUGUUCAUCAUGCAAUACAACAUCUACCAAAUCUACAGUAUCUGAUCAUCAAAAGUAUCAAUGUAAACAUUUUUCGUUCUUGGGAACUGACCAACCGCACGGUGGGUCUCCAGUACCUCGACUUAUCUCAGAAUUCCAUUGAUGUCUUCAACGUCACCGCAGAUGUUUUCCAAAACCUAACCUGGUUAAACAUUGGUGGCCCCCCAAGGAAGCACAAGAUGAAAUGGGACCUUCAUGAGAAGACGCUGCUCAGCCGAGUGUCCACACUCGAUAUUGGCGGCAUUCACUUGGAAGACCAAAGAGCGUUUUUCGAGAGCUUCAACUUUUCAUUGACUUCUGUGAGGAUGAACGCGAUGAAACACAACCUUAAGGAGCUGCUUGGCAUCGCCUGUACCAUCCUAACGCUGACGCAGCUCCAAGUCAGACGCAACAAGCUCAAGCUGGUGGAUUCAGGUCUGUUUCAGCCGUGCUCCAAUGUCACAGAGUUGGAUCUGGCCGAAAAUCGCAUUCAAAGCAUCUCCCACGACUCCUUCAGAGCCCUUCAAGGUCUGAAGAGCUUAAGUUUCAGCCGCAAUAAACUCACACUGGUCCCGCCUGCCAUCAGGAAUCUGACCAGGCUUCUGGAACUGGACCUGAGCUCCAACAACAUCACCUCUCUUGGUUGUCACGACUUUGCCGAGUUGGGUCACCUCAGGGUUCUCAGUCUAUACCAGAACUUCAUCAGGACAGUAAAGCAGUGCGUCUUCCAGGAUCUAAGGAACCUUCAGGUCCUGAAGUUGCAGACGAACCAAAUCACGAGACUGAAUGAUGCUUUUAAAAGAUACUUGCCAAAUCUCAGACAACUGCGACUGGACAGGAAUCAACUCACCACCAUUGAAGACGGAGAGUUCGAAGGCUUGCGGUCUCUUCAGUACCUGACCCUGCACGGGACUCUUAUCAGCAAGUUAAAAAAAGGCUGCUUCAGGGGACUGACGAUGCUCACAGAUAUCCUGCUGCAAUCCAAUAACAUCCGAGAGAGCGAAAUAACCCAGGAUGUGUUCAAUGAUCUGAUUAAUUUAAGACGGUUGAAUAUAUUGGAUAAUCACAUCAAAUACAAUUCGAGUGCAGCUUUGCCAAAGCCGCCAUUCGCUCGCCUUUCUCUCCUGGAGAGUCUCAUCAUGUCGGGCCAACACAGCAAGGCCAAGCACUACUUGCCUCGCAACUUCCUGCAAGGUUUGACCAACCUCUUAGUCUUUGAUACCAGGAACGUCCAGCUCUGGACCUUGCAUCAAGAUAUGUUCAAGUACACUCCUCUUCUGCAGAAGCUGGACAUCAGCUCAAACGACCUCGGGGAUGUCUCGCCACAUUUGUUUGCCCCCAUCCAGAACCUUCAAAGCCUCUACAUUUCCAGAACAAGUUUUCAGUCGCUAGAUUUUUUAAAGGAGGCCAAUCUUACCAAGCUGGAGUUCCUGCAAGCACGAAAGAACCAAUAUUCAGUCAUCACUAAGGAACAGCUGGAAGACCUUCCUGCUCUGGCUUAUCUGGAUCUUCAAGGCAACAGUUUCACCUGCGACUGCGACAACGCUUGGUUCAUCCAGUGGGUAAACGACACCAAAACGCAAGUUUAUGACGCCGAUAACUUUGUAUGCAACUACCCCCCGAACCUCAAAGGCUCCAAGCUCCUGGACCUUGACAUCCGAUCCUGCUCCGUGGACAUUGAGUUCCUUUACUUCAUCUCCACCACAUGUGCCAUCCUCUUGUUCAUGCUGACCACCUCCACCUACCAUUUCCUGCGAUGGCAGCUGGCUUACGCCUAUCACCUCUUCCUGGCUUUGCUGUACGAGAGGAAGCACAGGAACGCGCAGCCUCAGUGUCUCUACGACGCUUUUGUGUCCUACAACGCCCACGAUGAGGCCUGGGUCUUCAGAGAGCUGCUGCCCAAACUGGAGGGGGAACAGGGCUGGAAGCUGUGUCUGCACCACAGAGACUUCCAGCCAGGGAAGCCCAUCAUUGACAACAUCACAGAGGCCAUCUAUGCCAGCAGGAAGACCAUCUGUGUGAUCAGUCGGAGAUACCUGGAGAGCGAGUGGUGCUCCAGGGAGAUUCAGGUGGCUAGCUUCCGCCUGUUCGACGAGCAUAAGGACGUCCUAAUCCUGGUCUUCCUGGAGGACAUCCCCGUCUAUGAGCUGUCUCCUUACUACCGCAUGAGGAAGCUGCUGAAGAAGCGGUCCUUCCUGAGCUGGCCCCGGGCCGCCCAGUGCACUGACCUGUUCUGGGAGAAGCUACGCCAGGCUCUGAAGGCGCAACAAGAUCCGGGUGGGGAAAUGCUGCUGCUGACUGUAGACGACAGAGCGCCAUGAUGAUGAUGAUGAUGAUGAUGAUGACAGUGAUGGAGGUGAUGGCCUAUAGGGGGCGCCACUCAUCAUGAUAACUAAAUAAUAAAUAAAUACCAUCCAUUCAAACAGACAGGGGUGGUGUGAAAAUGUGUUUAAUAAAUUAACAGGCAAUAGCUUUUUCAACAUUUGAGAACUCCAGUGAAUAGGAAGAUGUGAGGACGUUACAAAGUAUUCCAAAUACUACACUUUGCUGUUUAUAAAACAGAGCUUAUUUGA